CGCUCCAAGAAACAAGCAGACGGGACUCCUCUCGUGCCUGGAAGGCAUGUACUGUACAGUAUUCCGCAGCACCGAGAGGACGCAUGGACGUGUGUUUGUGGUCGACCUGGAAUUCAGUCUGAAGUUGCUUAUGGUGCCUAAUUUGUAGCUCAAAGUAGAAGGAGACCUGUCUGCAUGCUGACAAGUAGAAGAGGCCAGAAACAGGAGGAGGAUGCGCCUUUAAGAAAGAGGCUUACAUCAUAUUGGCUGACAGGAAGCGACUCGCUCCUGAGAGGAUUAAUUGGGAGACAUCUUAUCUCCAUGCUCAACUACCUCCUGUUUUCUGGAAGAUGGUCCAGAAGAAUGGCUGUCAGUGUGGGAAUAGAGCUGGAAGCUGCAGGACGCUCCUGAGUGCUGACUGUGGAGAUCUUAAGAGCAGGAGGACGCGUCGGUGGAGCUGCUGCUACUUUUGCACAAGUGUUUUGCUGGUGGCUGCUGCUCCGUGAGGAUUUUCAAAGGCGAGGGGAGGUGGCGGUGCAAUGCUGGUGCCGUGGCUGCCUCAGGAGCCAGCCUGGCAUGUUCUGCUCCUGCUGCUGCUGAGUGGACUGGCAUCACAGAGUCCAGGGUCACAUGCCAACUUGUUGGACUCCAUACUGUUUCGGAAUGGCUGGAAGGGCGAGUCGGAGCGGCGGUCUGAGGGGGGCAGCAGCAACAGUGCGUCCACUGUCACCGUCCACAACAUGCUGUGGUGUCACUGCAACAGCAAUUGUCCUGAGGACUCUGUCAACAACACUUGCAUGACGGAUGGUUACUGCUUCACCAAGGUGGAGGAGGAGGAGGAAGGGGGGCGCGCUGUCUUCAUCACAGGCUGUCUGGGACUGGCUGGUUCCGAGUUCCAAUGCAGAGACACAUGGAACAGUCGCUCCAAGAGAGCUCUGGAGUGCUGCAUGGAUGAGGACUACUGCAACCGCAACCUUCAUCCCACUCUUCGUCCACUGCAGACGUCAGAUUACGUGAACAGCGGUGGUCAGUACUUGGCUCUGCUCAUCUCCACCUCUGUGUGCAGCAUCUUCCUCUGCAUCAUCCUCAUCAUCUGCUGCCUCAGAUACAAGAGGCAGGAGACAGAGCCGCGCUACAGCAUCAACCUGGAGCAGGAGGACACCUACAUCCCACCUGGGGAGUCGUUGAAGGACCUCAUCGAGCAUUCACACAGCAUGGGAUCUGGAUCAGGAUCAGGGCUCCCUCUGCUGGUUCAGCGCACCAUCGCCAAGCAGAUCCAGAUGGUGAAGCAGAUCGGGAAGGGGCGCUACGGGGAGGUGUGGAUGGGCAAGUGGCGAGGAGAGAGAGUAGCCGUCAAAGUCUUCUUCACCACCGAGGAGGAGAGCUGGUUCAGAGAGACCGAAAUCUACCAGACCUUCCUCAUGCGACACGACAACAUCCUGGGCUUCAUCGCGGCCGACAUUAAGGGCACGGGCUCGUGGACUCAGCUGUACCUGAUUACGGACUACCACGAGAACGGCUCGCUGUACGACUACCUCAGGUCCAACACGCUGGACGUCAGCGCUCUGCUCAAGCUGGCCUACUCGUCCAUCUCGGGCCUGUGCCACCUGCACACCGAGAUCUACGGCACGCAGGGCAAACCCGCCAUCGCGCACCGAGACCUCAAGAGCAAAAACGUCUUGGUCAAGAAGAACGGGUCCUGCUGCAUAGCGGACCUCGGACUGGCCGUCAAAUUUAACAGUGACACCAACGAGGUGGACAUACCCCCCAACCUGCGCGUGGGCACCAAGCGCUACAUGCCCCCCGAGGUGCUGGACGAGAGCUUAAACAGGACGUACUUCCAGUCCUUCAUCAUGGCGGACAUGUAUAGCUUUGGACUCAUUAUGUGGGAGAUGGUGCGGCGCUGCAUCAGCGGAGGUAUGUCGGAGGGUUUUUUAAGUCACAUCAUUGAUGAUUUCAAGUACUUCUUGUGUGUGUGUGUGUGUGUGUGUGUUUGUAAAGGCAUGGUGGAGGAGUACCAGCUACCUUAUUACGACUUGGUGCCGACUGAUCCUUCCUAUGAUGACAUGUGGAAAGUGGUGUGCUUCAAGAAACAAAGACCAGCUUUUGCUAACCGCUGGGGCAGUGAUGAGUGUUUACGACAGUUUGGAAAGCUCAUGUCGGAAUGCUGGGCUCACAAUCCCGCCUCUCGCCUCACGGCCUUGAGGGUGAAGAAGACCCUGGCUAAGAUGUUGGAGUCCCAAGACAUCAAACCGUCUCACAGCGACACAUGAGCACACGUUGCGUAAACGUUGGACACUGUGCUUUCUGUGAAAGCUGAGUGGAGGGUCCACACUGCUGGCCUGGUGGACUUGGGGACUCGGAGGAGAGGAGGACUUCUAAAGCCAUACAGCAGUAUUAUUAUUAUUAUUGUUAUUAUUAUUAUUAUAUGCAGUCUUUUGUACUGGACAUGUUUUAUUUUACAUUUGUGACCUCAUUAGGAGCAUUUUCUUACUGACUUGAACUCAGCUGAAUGACUAAAUAAAACAUGUUAAGGGUC